UAAAUUAAAUUUCUCCCAAUAAUUUUGAAUUAAGGCGACCUUUUUCUUUCUUCCUCCGGUUUCUGCAACUAAAGCCCUAAAACUCCCCCUCAACUCAACUCAAAUUGGGGCAGGGCAAGAGAAACGAUGGGUCGACCCGAACCAUGCGUGCUCUACGCCCAUACGUUCGUACACCCCCAUCUCGAUGAAUACGUGGACGAGGUGUUAUUUUCAGAGCCUGUAGUCAUCACUGGUUGUGAGUUCCUUGAGCAAAACUCUUCAUCGAUUUGUCCGGCGGUGAAGCUUAUGGGGGCCACUUCACCUCCAUCAUUUGCUCUGGAGGUUUUCAUUCAGUGUGAAGGAGAGACGAGAUUUAGGCGCCUAUGCCUGCCUUGUUUAUAUUCUCAUUCAUCAUCUAAUGUGCUUGAGGUUGAGGCCAUGGUUACAAAUCAUUUGGUUGUAAGGGGCAGCUAUCGCAGCCUAAGCAUGGUCGUAUAUGGGAAUACAGCGGAAGAUUUAGGCCAGUUUAACAUAGAAGUAGAUUUUGAAAGCUCUUUGCCAGAUACUGUUACUGCUGUUGAAGGAAACCUAGAAGAUUUGCCUCCUGCAUUUCAUCCCACUAUGUUGACAAUUAAGGAACUUGCUUCUCCCCUGAAAAUUUUAUCCCAAGCAGUUCUAUUGGAUGUUCCACUUGAAUUAAAAAAGUUUCUGCUACUAGCUUUUAAAACUUUGGACUCUCAUAACCUUGGCGUAGAAGCUGAUAAAAUUAUCAGCUUGCUACUAUCAGUGACUUCAACAUACAAAACGUCUUUUUUAUCUCAUAAAGCUAUUGAUCUAAAGCAACUGGGCGUUGAUAGAUUGAUAAGUGCCGGAGAUGAUAACACUCUAACGGAAGCUGGAAAAGAACUUUUGGACAUUUACGGAAGGCUGGAGAAUCAGUCUGUGGAUCCAUCCACUGCAUCUUCUCCAGAAAGCUUGUUUUUUGAAUCCGAGGCAGGCCUCCCUAAUUCCAAAGAGUUGACCGAAACUUUACUGCAACACUUCGAUUUUUGUAGCAGUGCGGGGAAUGUGGGAUACCCAUAUCUUUCACAGAACAAGAAUACAAUUCUGUGGUUGAGCAUAGCUCGUUUGUUGUGCUCUGCUAGAGAGAGCUGCUUUCAGUUUGUAAAUUAUGGUGGCAUGAAGCAGCUGGGAUAUGUUUUCACUAACCGGAUGCACAAUUCAACCACUCUCACAUUAUUGCUGCUUGGAGUGAUUGAGAAGGCUACCUUGUAUUCAAUUGGCUGUGAAGGUUUCCUUGGAUGGUGGCCUCGGGAAGACGAAAGCAUACCAGCUGGCACUAGUGAUGGGUAUAAUCAGUUAUUGAAGUUGUUGUUGGAGAACCAGAGGCAUGAUGUGGCCUCCCUUGCUACUUAUGUACUUCAUCGAGUGCGUUUUUAUGAAGUUGCUUGUCGAUAUGAGUGCGCAGUAUUAUCUGUACUAGGGGGUAUAUCUGCUGUUGGUCGGGUUACAGAUUUCACUUUGGACAUGCUUGUGAGUGCUAAAGUGCAACUGAAGAAACUCUUGAAGUUGAUACAGUUGAGUGGUCCAAUUGAUGAUCCUUCUCCAAUGGCUUCUGCGAGCAAAUUUUUCAUUCUUGGUGAUGCUGGACUAUUAUCGUAUCGAACAACGAGUGGCUUGAUAAAUCUUUCUAAUUGUGGCUUUAUGAACUGGGAAAUUGACUCAUGUUUACUUUCCCUUUUGAAGGAGAGGGGUUUCCUUCCUUUGUCAGCUGCAUUGCUGUCAUCUUCUGUUUUGCGGUCUGAAACAGGGCAUGGAAUGGACUUGUUCGUGGACAUUGUAUCGCAUAUUCAAAUAAUAAUUCUUUCACUACUUUUUUGUCGCUCAGGAUUAGAUUUCCUUCUACAUGACCCUGAAGUCUCCUCAACUGUUAUCCAUGCUUUGCGGGGUAUUGAGGAUGUUCGGAAUGAAGACUUGCUUUCACUUCGCUAUGCAUAUGUCUUGAUGUCGAAAGGGUUCUUCUGUCGCCCCAAGGAAGUUGGCAUGGUUAUGAAGAUGCAAAUGAGGGCUUUAAUCUCCGUAGACAGUCUGUGCAAGUUGGUCCCAAAUACUGAAGAGUUUCUGUGGGCGCUGUGGGAUCUUUGUCGCCUAUCCAGGUCAGAGUGUGGACGUCAGGCCCUGUUGGUUUUGGUGAAUUUCCCAGAGGCUCUCAAAGUUUUGAUGACUGCUUUACACUCUGGAAGAGAACUUGAUCCUGCUUCCUUGAAUACUGGCGUAUCACCAUUAAAUCUUGCAAUCUUCCACUCGGCGGCUGAAAUCUUUGAAGUUAUCGUGACUGAUUCUACUUCAACUUCUCUGACGUCUUGGAUAGACCUUGCAAAGGAACUGCAUACGGCAUUACAUUCUUCUUCGCCUGGUUCCAACAAGAAAGAUGCUCCUGCACGGCUUUUGGAGUGGAUAGAUGCUGGUGUAGUUUACCAUAGAAAUGGGGCAAUUGGACUCUUACGAUAUGCUGCUGUUUUGGCUUCUGGAGGAGAUGUUCACAUGGCCUCAAACAGUGUUUUAGCAUCUGACAUGAUGGAUGUUGAUAAUGUAGUUGGAGAUUCUACCAAUAGUUCUGACGGUAAUGUUGUUGAUAAUCUAAUUGGAAAGCGUAUCACUGAGAAGGAUUUUCCCGGUGUUAUUCUUCGUGAUUCGUCGGUUUCCCAGCUUACGACAGCAUUUCGAAUUUUGGCAUUUAUUUCUGAUAAUCCGAUUGUUGCUGCUUCUCUCUAUGAUGAAGGUGCUGUAAUGGUUAUUCAUGCCGUUAUGAUCAAUUGUAAACUCAUGCUUGAGAGGUCGUCCAAUAUUUACGAUUAUCUUGUUGAUGAGGGUGCAGAGAGCAAUUCGACUUCUGAUCUGCUUCUAGAACGUAACCGCGAGAAGAGCCUGUUUGAUCUGCUCAUUCCUUCAUUAGUCCUGCUGAUCAAUCUGUUGCAAAAGUUGCAGGAAGCAAAGGAGCAGCAUAGGAACACGAAACUAUUGAACGCACUCCUACAGUUGCACCAAGAAGUGAGCCCCAAGUUAGCUGCAUUUGCCGCAGAUUUGUCCCAUUCUUGCCCUGAUUUUGCGCUUGGUUUUGGAGCCCUUUGCCAUCUUCUUGCAUCAGCACUAGCUUGUUGGCCAAUGUACAGUUGGACUCCUGGUCUUUUCCGGUUUCUCCUUGACAGUCUUCAUACAACUUCAUUAUUGGCACUGGGUCCCAAGGAAACCUGCAGUUUAUUUUGCUUGCUGAAUGAUUUGUUUCCGGAUGAAAGUAUUUGGAUGUGGAAGAAUGGAUUGCCAUUACUGAGCCCACUAAGAGCGAAGGCAGUGGGGACAUUACUGGGACUUCAAAAAGAGAAACAGAUCAAUUGGUAUCUAAGGCCUGGGAACCCUGAGAAGCUAUUAGCUCAACUGUCUCCACAACUUGUGAAACUUGGAGAGAUUAUUCUAAAUUGUGCUGUCAGUAUGUCGGUUGUCAGUCAAGAUGUUCUACGUGUCUUCGUGAUUCGGAUUGCAUGUCUGAAUCUUGAUUAUGCUGCAUUGUUGGUGAAACCUAUAAUAUCUUGGAUCUCUCAGCGCGUUUUAGAGCCAUCAAUGUUAUCUGAUGUGGACGCAUUCAAGGUCCACCAAUUACUAAAAUUUAUUUCUAUCUUAUUGGAGCAUCCAAAUGCUAAGCCACUGUUGUUGAAAGAAGGGGGGUUUCAGAUGCUCGCUGAAGUGCUUGAGAGGUGUAUUGGAGCUGCCAAUACAAAUCUACCAAAAUAUGAUUUUUCACUUCUUAGUUGGUCUAUACCUGCAUUUCAGUCAAUCUCAUUGAUUAGUGAUGGCCGAGUAUCUUUUCAGCAUUCUGGAGGGCGUGACAGGAUCACGCCUGACAGUUUUACAGCUGAAGAAUGUUCAAUAUUUUGGUCAUAUCUACUUAGAUUUUGCGUGGUCUUACCCGUUGGAAAAGAAUUACUUGCUUGUCUCUCAGCCUUCAAAGAAAUGGGUUCCUCUACUGAAGGCCAAACUGCUUUGCUCUCUAUAGUACAUCGCAUUAAGUCUUCUAACAUUCAGGCUUCUGAUUCUCAAACGGAUUAUGAAAACAGUGCAAGUUAUGACAGAGUUCUUGCAUCUGAAUUGAAGGAGCAUCCUCCAUUGUUAUGCUGCUGGACUUCUUUGUUGGGGUCAAUUGAUUCUAAGGAUGUUUCCACAGUACAGGUUGCUUCAGCGAUUGAAACAUUAGCCUCUGGUGCAGUAGGCUUUUGCAUGGAUGAUGGAAGCAGACUAAACUCAGAGCGGGUUGCUGCAAUAAAGUUCCUUUUUGGGGAGAAGGGUGAACAUUCUUUUGAUGAAUUUGUUGAUGAAAACCUGAAGCAUAUUGACGAGCUCACGAAUUUGUUAGGAUACGAGAUGAGCAACGAAGAUGCAUAUGACACACUCCCUACACCAAAUCAGAUAAAGGGCACUGCAAAUUUGCUGCUGCUUUUGUUGCAAAAAUCCCGUACAGAGGAGGUGGAUGCUGAAAUAGUCAGUGGUUACUCUUCAAUACUUACUCCGGUUUCUUCAAGGAUACAUAGAUUUGCAGACAGAAGUACGGAACGAAUUGAAGAUUAUAAAUUGGAUGAGUUUGGAGCUACAUUUUCCUGGGAGUGCCCUGAGAAUUUACGUCAGACUGGUCUUUCUACGAAAAGAAAGAUAUCCUCACUGGAUGGACCAAAUCGGCAAUCCAGAGGAGACACUGAAGCUACCUCACAAAGUGCAUUCUCUAGGGGGUCAGUACCUGUCACUACACCGCCUGGCCCUACACGUAGGGACACCUUUAGACAGCGUAAGCCAAACACUAGUCGGCCACCUUCUAUGCACGUGGAUGACUAUGUUGUUCUAAAGGAAAGAAAUUCUGAUGGUAGUAAUGUAAUUCCGCUCCCACGGAUAGGAUCUUCUAGUGGGAGACAACCAUCCGUUCACGUGGACGUAUUCAUGGCCAGACAACAAGGUCAGCGCCAUAAUAUUGUGGGGUUAGCCGCAGUCAAUGACUCCCCAACACAAUCGAAAGCAACAGCUCCAGAUGAAAACAUAGAUGCGGACAAAUCUAGCAAACAUAGGCAGUUGAAGCCUGACCUCGAUGAUGAUGAUCUUCAGGGAAUCGAAAUUGUUUUUGAUGCUGAGGAAUCUGAAAACGACGAUAAACUGCCCUUUCCACAACCAGAUGAUAAUCUGCAGCAACCUGCGUCAGUUGUAGUUGAGCCACAUUCACCUCAUCCUUUAGUUGAGGAGACAGGCAGUGAUGCAAAUGAAGGCAGUCAGUUUUCACGCCUGGGUACUCCAUUAGCAUCGAACAUGGAUGAAAAUAUACCGAGUGAAUAUUCAUCAAGAAUGUCUGCAUCUCGUCCAGAUAUGCCGUUGACUCGAGAACCAAGUGUUUCGUCUGAGAGGAAGUUCUCUGGUCAGUUAGAGGAGUCGAAGAAUUUGCCAGUUAGAAAUCCUAAUGCGAUCGAUUCCUCUGCUAUAGCCAGUAGUUCUGGAGUUCCAACUUCUGUUUACAUGAAUAUGAAUAUGAAUAUGAAUAUGAAUAUGAAUACUUCCUCUUCUUCUGCAAGAUUUCCUGUUGAUUCCAGGACGCAGCCUAACUUAUAUAACAAAUCAGCGCUACAGCAAAGUGGGCCUGCUCCUUUAGGCACUGGUUCACAAGGUUUCUAUGACCAGAAAUUUCAUUCAAAUCAACCUCCUCUCCCUCCAAUGCCGCCUCCGUCAACAAUUUCACCUGUGCUGUCUCAAAGUAUGGAUCCUGUGGUGAAUCAAAAUUCCUCAUUUGCCAAGUCUGUAGCAGAUGUUCAGGCCCAGUUUCCUCCAGGCUUUCAUGUUCAGUCGGAAUAUUUAUCUGCCAUGGCAAGCGGUUCUUCUUCAAUGACUACCCCUUCAUUUUCACAGCCAGAUCUCAAAUUUGGAAGGACAUCCAUCUCUUCCCCUUCGGGAUCUACGAGACCACCUCCACCGUUUUCUCCUACCCCACCUCCUUAUUCUGCAAACUCGUCAUUGAAGAAUUCCUCUUCUCAAUCUCCACAAUUUUAUCAAAAUGUUAGGAAUUCUGAGUUCCACCAAUCAUCAGGUGCACCUUCUGUUGACGCCGUGAACCCUUCAGCUUCACGCUCUAUGCAGAAUUCCUAUCCUCCAACACAUUUAAUGCCACCAUUGCUUUUCAGGCCCAACUCCAUGCCUGUCAAUCUUUAUGGAAAUAAUUUAGUUCCACACCAUGGAGACAAUUCGGCUCACGUCCAGCAAAAUUUUCCCAUGUCUCUGCCAUCAAUGCAAUCUAUGUCCACACUUACUCAGUUACAGCCUCUACAGCCACCACAAAUCCCUCGUCCGCCACCUCAGCAUCUUAGACCACCUGUUCCAUCUUCCCCGCAGCCAGAGCAGAGUGUAUCGUUCCAGCAGAUUCCCGGUCAACAAUCACAGGUUCUGCAGCAGCCCCAAGUCUCCCCUGUAUAUUAUCAAACUCAACAACAGGAGAAUGUAUCACAUUCAUUGCAGCAGCAGCAACAGCAACAUCUUGAUCGUUCACAAAGAAUUUCGCAUCUUCCAGGGGACAGUUCAUCCCAACAAGAUUCCUCGAUGUCUCUACAAGAGUUCUUUAAAUCCCCUGAAGCAAUUCAGUCUCUUCUUAGUGACCGAGAUAAACUCUGCCAGCUUCUCGAGCGACAUCCAAAGUUAAUGCAGAUGCUGCAGGAGCAACUGGGUCAACUAUAAUGGUAUUGCACCGUCUGUAUGAGGGUUUCACUGAACACAAACAAAAUACUGUGCUCAAAGGUGAUGUGAAUGGACUAAAUGAAACCCAAAGAAGUCUGUAUAUCCUUCGGUUAGAUGUUAACUCAUCUGUUGUGAAAUGUAGAACGCGGUCACAUAUUUUUGUUUCUUUCGAAGAAAGUUUGAAUUUUGUCAGUUGCAUAGACGACGAAUUGCAUUACAGAGAAGGGCGAGAUCGUAAUCGAAAUCGAGUAGCAGAAGCUAAAAGAUGUACUGGAGGAUUGCAACUAAGCCAAUUAGUUAGAGAAUGUGGCUGACUGGAGAAAUGUGGAAACACCAUAGUUUGUCUUUUGUACAUAGAAAUAUUUUGACUUAAUAUUUUUGUGGGUGACUGUAAUUUGUACUUUAAUUACUGUUCAUUUUAUCUUCUAAUAGGUAAUUUUUUUUGGAAUA